CUGAAGUGGACCAUCACAGAGCAGCUUAUGAACCCACCACAAGAAUGUUAGAAGUGCCAUUGUAAAGAAGGUUAACAUCCAUAGCUAGGCAUCGAGAAGACAAAAACAAAAGCUGCAAGCAACUGUAGAAGAAGGAAAGGGAUCCAGCCCACACAUUGGAUUCCUGUGAUGAAGAGAAACUGAGCUGAAUGCGUGAUCUGGAAGUUACAGUCGAUACUGGUGGAGUUUUGCCUGUCAGCCAAUUUCAAAAACCUUCUAAACAUAGAGCCUCAUCAGAGCCAUGAAGCUUACUGGAACUAUCCUUAAACUGGAGUACACUCACUGCAGUACAGACACUGAGCAUUUAAACAACACGAUUGUGAUACCACUGCAAACUAAUACAACAGAUUCACCAGCAUCAGAACCCACCUCAUCACUAUCACAUCCUGAUGGAGGUAGGACUCAAUGUUCCAUAUGUGCAGACAGAGCCACAGGUAAGCAUUAUGGUGCAUCCAGCUGUGAUGGCUGCAAGGGCUUCUUCAGGAGGAGUAUUCGCAAUAACCACACUUACAACUGUAGGUUCAACAGGCAAUGUUCUGUGGAGAAAGACAAAAGAAACCAGUGUCGUUACUGCAGACUACAAAAGUGUUUCAAAGCUGGAAUGAGAAAGGAAGCUGUUCAGAAUGAGAGAGACUGCAUCAACAGUCACAGAGCCAAAGGACAGACAGUGGGCACUCUGUCCAUCAGUGUGCUCCUGCGGGCAGAGGCCAGUGUGCAACAGUUCCCAGUGCUGGUCUCACCUGGGAGUCACGACAUCAACACCAAGAAGACAGCCGGUGUGGGAGACGUGUUUGAGUCCAUGAAGCAGCAACUCCUCCUGCUGGUGGAAUGGGCAAAACACAUCCCAGAGUUUUGUAGCCUCCCAAUAGAUGACAGGGUAACCCUGCUCCGAACCCACUCUGCAGAACAUCUUAUUCUAGGGGCAGCAAGACGCUCUCUACCUUACAACAGUCUCAUACUUCUAGGAAAUGACUCUGUGAUCCCCUUGAGAGGUGCACAGAUAGAGGUGUCCAGAGUGGCUUUCAGAAUCCAAGAGGAGCUGGUUAAACCUCUCAGAGAGCUGGACAUCACGGACAAAGAGUUUGCUUGCCUCAAAACUAUUGUCGUCUUUGCCCCAGACUGUCCGGGUUUGAAGAGUCCUCAGCUGGUUCGACAUCUGCGUUUCCAGGCCCAACUCCUGCUAGAAGAAGCAACCUGUGAGCAGCGGGGAAGGUUUGGGGAGCUCUUGCUGAUCAUGCCUCCCCUGCAGAGUGUGGCCUGGCAGAUGGUGGAGACUCUGCACUUAGCACAGCUGCUGGGUGAAGCCACAAUGGACAGCCUGUUGCUGGAGAUGCUGCUGGGAGAGGGAGCCAAAACAGGAAACGGACUAUGUACAGACUCUCCUCUUCCUUCAGGCAACGACAAGACUCAAGACCAGGAAAGAGGUUCACCUACAAACUUCACCUCUGCCAUCUCUCACGUUUCAACAUCUCUUCCAAGCGGCUUCCCUGCUGCCCGCACAGACUGGCACUGAGGUGUACAGACAUGACGAUGCUGCCAGUGUGCCCACGGCAUACCAGAGGUGCCUGUCCUCACCAAGACACAUGUCAAGAAGCAGCAACUUCACCGAGGAGUGGAGGGGUGUUAUAAGCUUGAGACAGAACACAUAUUAAAAUAUACACACUCAGCCACAUACACACUCAACACACAUACAGUUAUGCAUGCACACAAGUGCAGUCAUCCAUUGCUGUGAAAAGAUUGUAAAAGAAACCUACAGUGCAAAUUGGUGACGUGUGUAUUGAACUAUAACUAAGCAUAAUUCACUCACUGCAAACAUAUUACAGUAUGCUCUCAGUAUACUUGUAUCCAGAGCUGAAGCGCAAGACCCAACGUUUGUCAGCAGAGGGCACAAAAAGCCUGUUCAGAAAGAUUUGUUGGCCCAUGUGAGUCAAGUUUGUCUUUGUAAAUAAGAGCCUUCACUCAUGUAUUUGUGGUGAAAGAUUUGUAAUGUAAAUCUGAAUGGAGAAAUGGUCACAUCUCAAAUAAAAAGGCUAAGUGGG